AUGCCGUCAUUACAAAAAGAUGGCACCCCUUGGAUGAAGCGAAUUUUGCUCCCGCUCUGGGCUGUCCGCAUGGUCAUAACCGGCAUCCUCAUAGUCGUAACCAUCAUCGCCCUCUCUGUAUCAGCGCGCGAACUAAGCCAAAACGAUGACGGCUACAUCGGCGACGACAUAAAUGGAAACGGAGUCUACGUAAAUUGGAAGGUAGCCUUAGGUGUCUCCGUAGCCUUCUUCCUAAUCAUGCUCAUCGUCUUCCUCCUUGAUAUCCUCUCGGUAAUCAAAUUCCUCCGCCACAGCCUGACCCCUAAAUGGCUCGUCGUAGUCAACUCAAUCCAAACGACCAUCUGGAUGGUACAGGUCGGCCUUGAAAUUUGGGAUACCACGCGCGGCGCCGGCGCCGGCGGCCUUGUCGGGUCCAUCAUCGUCCUAGCAUUCUUCGUCCUGAUGCUAAUAUACGCCAUCAUCACAAAGCGGAAGCAGAAAAAGGGCGCUUUCAGGGGCGCGUACCAGCCAGCGCAUAAUCCGGCUGCGCCGCAGGGUUGGCAAAGUCAGGGCUUUAUGCAUGGCCAGCAGGGCCAGCAGCCUUACCAGACAGGGGCAUACGAACCUUAUGGCGGUGCCGGCGGGCAUGAGCUGGGGCAGCAGAACCCGGUGCCGGUGUAUGGGGCUGCGGGAGAGUAUUAUGCGGGGACGGCGUACAAGAGUCCGGCGGUUGAGCAUGAGGCGAGUGCGGCGCCGGAGUAUUCGCAGCCGGUGCAACCUAGGCAAGGUGUUUGA